UUCAUUCUGUCCCAGCGUUUGACCAGUACACAUUGUGUACGAGUCCGAAUUGUAAGAGCCAGCUUCUUCUUCCCAUUUCAAGAUAUGGGAAAAGCCUUGCGGUUCAGGAAAUCGAAGAUACACCUGUUCAAGAAGCACCCUGGUGCUCGUGCACAGAAGGUCUACGUAGGUGACAUUCUUUCUAGUGUGGGCACUUUCCAUCCAUCAAGAGAUCAGGAUGAGCCUCCCGAAAUAGCUGAGAGCAGUAACUUAUGUUCUGAGACUGCAUACACAAAGGCUAAAAGGAGAGAAAUAAGUGCCUGGGAUCUAGUCAAGGAUGAUAUUUUGAAGGUGUCAUUUGCAUGUUCAGCACCAAUCACAGAUCUCUGCAUUGUCUGUCAAGACCAUGGAGAGUACAGAUUUUUGCAAGGCUUGUUUAAAAAAGUCACACAGGAAUUUGCUGCACCUUCCUGACAAGUGGAAUGUAAGGUCAAAAGCUGUAAGUUUCCUAUACCUAUAAGUUUCAGCUAUAUACAGUAGGGCUGUCACUGUAAAUUUUGACUUUCUCAUUAAAAUGAAAUGCACUCAGUUUGACAGUAAACACUUAUUUUAUUUCCAAUACGUGACAUUUGGUUUUGUUUCUUUCAUUAAUGCUCACUGUAGGUUCCAUGUUAAUUUGCCCAUAUCAAAGUCAAUACAAUUUGAAUGAAGAUUUAUUUUUAAUCAAGUAAUAUAUGAUUGUAAUUGUGAUUGUUCUAUUGCACUUCUGUCAUUCUACUUGGUAGACAGUUAUUUUUGUAAUGAUGUUUUAUAAUGUAUUGACAGUGUUUAAUGUCUUUUUUUCUUACCCUUAACAGAAGGCCUAUUAUGAACCCCUUUCAAGUGGUUUACAAUUAGUUUUACCUGAAGGGCAUGAAAACCAUAAUGUUUAUAAAAGGGAAAUGAGAGUUGUUGUCAGUUCAGGUGAAUAUGUUGUACAGAGCUUUGCAAGAUGGAAAUAUGAUUGUAACACUUGAUGGGAACUUUGGACUUGUACGAAAACAAAGUUCAGGGGCAAGCAUAGAUAAACCAUUUCAUGGAAGCCGUAUGUUUAUUGGUGAUGGUAGAACAGAGGAAUACAUUUCGUCACAUCCCAAAAAUUCCAAACCUAAUGAGGUUGGUGACUUUUAUUAAUAUCAUACAGAACUGAUAAUUGUGUAUUUAUUCCAGCACAAUCAUUCAAGAUAAUAAUUUAUUUCACUGCUACCUGAACUAUUCUGUUUAUUUAGGAUUGCAGUAACUUUAAGGCUGGAAACCUCCUGAGGUCAGGAAAGCAAACAAAGAAGCUGGCUACCUGUCUCUCUAUUGUGGUGCUUUUCAGACUGUCAUCACUUUUUUUUUUCUAGUUCAUCUUCUCUAAAUUUUAAAAUUGUGGAUAUUUUAAUUUGUGUUUUGUAAGUACUGGUAGGCAUCAUGACUUUUUUUUGACUGUGAUCUGUGAUCAUUUAUAAUUAUAAUAAAUCAUCAUUUUCUGUGCAGGUUUUGGAUAUCAGUGCUCAAAACACUGACCAACUGCAUAGUUCAUUAAACACUGUAAUUUGUCCUAUUUAACUGGAUGGUUGCAUAUAUUGAACGAAAAAAAAACACAAGUAGAGAAGACUAUUAGAAGUUUAAGAAUCUUUUGCUGUUUGUCAGGUUAGCCUAUCCCCUCUACAUCAUCGAGGAGUUGCUCCAAAAUGCAACACAAAGAACAUACACCUGCGAGUAGUCUAUGACAUUGCAUGUGUUCUUGCCUCCCAUAUGCAGAAAUCCAACCAAGGCAUACCACACAACCUGUCUCUGGCUGUACCAGCAUUUCAUGUUUAUGGUCAUAAACUGCAGUGCCAGAUUAUGUAUAGCACCAGGAGGCUUGAUGGAUUUGGGCUUACUGAUGGUGAAGGAAUGGAAAGACUGUGGUCAUUCCUUAGAAGGUUUGCAAGAAUCACAAAGGAAAUGACUCCAUCUCAUCGGAUGGAUCUGCUACAGAUGCCCUCCUUCAUUAUGGAUGGAGAAAAGCUACUGACUUAGCUUCUGCUGAGAGUUGAAAAGGCAGAGAAGAUGACCGUUGUUGCCAAAGAUGAGAUCUCCAUGAUCAUCAGAGAGGCACCGUGCCGGUCUCUGAGCAAGACAUGGAGAGAUGGGAAAGAAAACUGAGGCAGAGCUCGUCCGACAGAAACCAAAACCUAAAAAUACUGUGCCAAGAUGGAGAAAGGAAUAUGUCAUCAAGCUGAUUCAGUACAACAUGCUUAAUAGGUCUGAGGCUGAAGAGUCAUUUGCAGAUAAAGCAGAAUUUGAGAAAACCUUGCUGAAUUUGGAGGAGAAGUACUGCAUAGGGAAAAGGUGGCAUGAACGUGAUGUGAUCUUUCAGUCUACCCUGAAAGAUGUUGACUGUGACAUCAGAAGACAAUUACUGUUCAAAGCUAGAACUGAAGCAAGAGAGAGAGCUGUCCUCUUACAGCUCAAAAGAAAAUAUCCAGAUGGCCAAGGCAUUGCCAUUAGACUUUCCAAGCAAGUUGCAAACACCAACAAGAGACUCAAGCAGACACUAAGCCAGUACAACAACAUUCUCUGGCCACCAAAGACUGAUGUCUUCCCUGCAACCAUGAGUUUUCAGGACAUAUGUGACCCAUCUUGGCCUGUCUGUUCCCUCCUGGAUGAAACCAUUGGAGAUGGUGAUGAUUCUGUUCCUAGAUGUUUAAAACGACGUGGGAUCGAUGCAGUAUACAUGAAGGCCCGGGCUGCUGAAGAAAAGGUCUUGGUCCAUCAAGAAAUGAAAUGUGUAAUUGAUCACCUUCAUCAGCAACAUGCUUUUCUCCAUUCUGCUAUCAUUUCAACAAACGAGCCUGGUGCGAAAGCUGCAUUAAUCCAACGCAUCAUACAGCUGGAAAGAAGAUUACAUUGUGCCACACAUGCGUUUCAUCAUCAUGUACCAGAUAUUCCUUCUGCUCCAUGCAAUUACAUAACUCCAGGUCGACUCCACCACACUGUGCCACUGCAUGAAAUAGAAACACUUGAUGGUGAUGAGGAUGAGGAUGAUGACUGACUACAAUGGCAGUAAUGUUGACACUGAAAAGACUAUAAAUGGUUUAUUCUUGCGUUUCACCAACUGAACCCUCCCCCCCACACUGAUCAUACAGAACAUUGUGUAUUUUUACAAAUCUGUAUCUAUUUCUCUGCAUACUUUAUCCUCUUUUGAAUAGUCAGGACCCCAUAGGAUAGACCACCACAGAACUGAUAGAUAGAUAGAUAGAUAGAUAGAUAGAUAGAUAGAUAGAUAGAUAGAUAGAUAGAUAGAUAGAUAGAUAGAUAGAACCAUAUUAGUUUGAGGGUUUCUGAUGUUUCAAAGACUAAAAAAAUAUACAUAGCGUUAUGUGAGAGCAGUGAUCACUGUAAGUAAUUAUACAAAACUGGCUGUGGUUUGAUGAAUGUGAAUCUUGAAAAUGAAUUUCAAUAACCUUAAGACAAGUGUUAUGUACAUGUGUGGUAUUAAAUCAGAUCAUUGUAGGACAAAACUUCUUAGAUUCAAUUAAUUAUUUUUAUUAAUUACGUAUUCAUUUUUAUUAAUUCCUGUCAAAACAUUUUGGUCUUACUUAUAAAUGAUAAACUGUAUUUAUUUGUUAAAACUAGAAUAUUUUUAAUAUACAGCAACUACCUUGCCACACUGCUGCACCUGCCUAAUGUCCAUUUAAUGACACCAUAGUAAUUGCCUACUAACCAGUUUGCAACAAUAUAGUGAUCUUGCAGUGAAAACACACUUUCCCAUUAAUAAGUAUUAACUGUAGGUUAGAAUCUUUGUUGGGAAGAAAAUUCUACCCAAAACCAACUAUAUAAGGAAAAGUAAUCAGUUACAAAAUACUAUUUAUUGACAUGACCAUGUGAUCACUUACACUACUUCAGGGGGUGGUUUGAAACAUAUUUAUAAACUGUCCUUUACAAAAUUUCUUGAUGAACAGACCAAUAGACCUUCUCCAAAAUUACCUAAAUAAACUCUUUUUACAUUGACUUCUA